GUAUAAGGGCUAGCAGACAAGCAGUCAUUUUCUAUCUUCUGAUCAACACACAAAAAACUGCAGUGCCUAAUUUUCAUGGCCACAAUAAACUGCGGCGGCUAAUUUUCUGUAAAGAUAUUAGUCAGUUUAGAUCCAAUCAAAUAUAGAAAUGCUUACACCCUAUGGCACAAAUAUAUAGAUAAUCACACAUCAAUUAAUCCACACACCAUAACCAUGGAAUUUGUUCUCCAAAACCUGGAUACUUCAGUUAUUGUUGUAGCUGUAGCUAUUGCUUUUUAUAUAGUUUUUCAUUAUCUUUCUCACAAUAACAGGUAUCGGAAACAAAAAUUACUGCCUGAAGCAGGUGGGGGAUGGCCAAUUAUAGGCCACCUUCACAUCUUCAGCGGCUCUAAGCUUCCUCAUGUUGCCCUGGGAAACAUGGCUGACAAGUAUGGACCAGCCUUCACUAUCCGAAUCGGUGUGCAGAGAGUCUUGGUGGUCAGUGACUGGAAAUUAGCCAAAGAACUCUCCACUGUCCAUGAUGUUCACAUUUCUACUCGACCCAAGUUUCGAGCUGCCAAACACUUGGGAUACAACUACAUAAUGUUUGCUUUCACUCCCUAUGGUCCUUACUGGCGCGACGUUCGCAAACUUAUUUCCACAGAACUACUCUCCAACCGAAGGCUUGAGCAGCUCAAGCACAUAAGAGUGUCUGAGAUUGACACCUCUAUAAAGGAGUUGUAUAAGCUUUGGGCUGAAAAGAAAAAUUCUGAACUUUCUGGCUGUGUUCAGGUGGAAAUGAAAAAGUGGUUCGGAGACAUAACACUUAAUGUGUUCCUUCGAAUGAUAGCCAACAAACGAUACUUUGGUACAGCAGAGGUUAGUGAUGAAAAAGAGGGGCGGCGUUGCCAAAGAGUAUUGAGAGAUUUUUUUCACUAUCUCGGGGUUUUUGUCCCAGCAGAUGCCCUACCUUUUUUGGGAUGGUUAGAUAUUAGAGGGUAUGAGAAAACCAUGAAAGAAGUUGCUAAAGAAAUGGACUCUCUUGUUGAUGAAUGGUUACAAGAGCAUCGUUUGAAGAAAGAGGCCACAGGUGAUGGGUCUACUAUUAGAGGCAGCAAGGAAGAUUUCAUGGAUGUGAUGCUUUCACGAAUUAAAGGGAUUGAUCUUAAUGGUUUCAAUGCUGAUAGUGUCAUCAAAUCUGCUUGCAUGAAUUUGAUUGCUGGAGGAGCAGAUACGACCUCGAUCAUGCUAACAUGGGCUCUAUCUUUGAUGAUGAACAACCCCCAUGUGUUAAAGAUGGCUCAAGAAGAACUAGAUAGUGUAGUUGGCAAGGAAAGAAAGGUAAAUGAAUCAGAUAUCAAGAACUUGGUGUAUCUCCAAGCUAUUGUGAAAGAAACAUUUAGGAUGUACCCAGGGGCUCCACUAGGAGGCCCAAGAAUGUUCACAAAAGAUUGCAUCGUAUCUAGUUUUCAUAUUCCAAAAGACACUUGGUUGUUCUUUAACCUGUGGAAACUCCAACGAGAUCCACAAGUUUGGUCUAGCCCUCGCGAAUUUAAACCUGAGAGGUUUAUUAAUAGUCAUAAGGACCUUGAUGUUUUGGGACAAGAUUUUGAGUUGAUCCCAUUUGGUGCCGGUAGAAGAAUAUGCCCAGGAAUAACUUUUGGUCUUCAAAUGGUGCACUUGGUGUUGGCUAAUUUGUUGCAUUCUUUUGAGCUCUCAUAUGUCUCUAAUGAAGGAAUUGAUAUGACUGAAACAGCUGGACUAACCAACCUCAAAGCUACACCACUUGAAAUUCUCAUAGUUCCCCGCCUCUCCCCUAAUCUUUAUUAGUCAACCACACAUUAAUAUGUAUGUGUGCAUAUAUCUAUUCAUACAUGUAUAAUACCAUACAGUGUAGAUAUUUAUGCAUUUGUCACUGCCAGAAUAUUUUGAAACUAAUGCACAACAUAUGAAUGUAAC